AUGUUUUCAGAGAAGGAGCUGAUGUCGAUCAGUUGGGGUGCUCAAUAUCCAAAACUGAAGACGAAUCUACGAUUAGCGAUAAAUCGGCUGAAGUUAAUGGGAAAGAAGAAAACUGAAAUGGCAAUGAAAGCCCGCACAGAGAUCGCUGAUUAUAUAGCAGAAAACAAAGCUGAUCGUGCACGUAUAAGAGUGGAACAUAUCAUACGGGAGGACUAUUUAGUUGAAGCGUUCGAGAUUCUGGAGAUGUAUUGUGAUUUACUGCUUGCUAGAUUCGGUUUGAUAGAGCAAAUGAAGACAUUGGAUGAUGGUAUCGCCGAAGCCGUUAUUAGUAUCAUGUGGGCUGCUCCACGAAUAGCUACCGAUAUCACGGAAUUUAAGACGAUAAGUGAUCAACUUACUAUAAAAUAUGGAAAGCCGUUCGCUGAAGCUGCACGGGCGAAUCAGUUGGAAUUUCCAGCCAAGGUUUCGCCGAAGCUUAUCAGUAAGCUGUCAGUUGCUGCUCCACCAAAGCUAUUAGUUGAGCGAUAUAUGAUCGAGAUUGCUGCCAGUGCUGGAGUGCCGUUCGUUCCAGAUCCUGAUGUCAUGCGAGAUGACGAGGUCGCCCAAGCAGAGAAAAUGCUUAUUGAUUUUAAGCAAGCAGGUUCGGGUGGCCAGAAUACUGGACAUACUGGAAGUGUCAUAGCGCCAACCGAUGUUACGCCGCUAAGCUACGGAUGGAACGUACCUAAUGGUUCACAACCUUUUCCUCCAUCGAAUCCACCGCCACCACCACCUCCUGGGCAUGGCGAUAAUUCUGGAGGUGGAAAUGACGGUAUUGCUACAACAUGUUUAAUUUCUAAUUGUUUUUCGGCUAAGACAAUAUAUACCAGGUCACAUUUACGAAGUUCCCAGUGUUGGGCCACCACCACUUCAAUACGGCGACUUCAAUGA